ACCGAGGAGCCAAUAAUUAUUUCAAUUUUUAAAAAACAUUCCACACCCAACCCAAAUACCCAAUACCGAAACCUAGGUAUCGAAGAAUGAAAUCUGAAUCAAGCUCGCCAAUAAUUCAAACUGAAACUCCAAUUCCUUGGCCGCAAUGGACCGAACGACGGCGAAUAGAUUGCUAAGGCUGCACCCCGAAGAGAUACUGAUGAGUGCGCAGUUUGUGUGCACUACAUGGUGGAGAGUCUCCAAGGAUCCCUCCCUGUGGCGAUUUCGGGAACAUCUGCCGCAGCGAAUCUGAUAGCCUUUGCAUUUGCUAUACCUGUUGCUGCCCAGUCCACGCACGUGACAGAAUUUAACAUUUCCCGUUGUGCAGUGGAUCGUAGUCAGGGACGAUUGCUCGAUCUAACGCUUCCCGGUUCUCACCUCGAUGCCUUGCUAAACUAUGUAGCCGACCGAUCAAGUCAGCUCCGAUGCCUUAAGCUUGUAGAGUAUCUACGUAAUUAUGAAGGAGGAAGUACUCCUUUGACUUUGCAUAUAACAAAAUUGCAACAAUUGGAAGAGUUGCACCUUGUCAUGAAGCCAUGGGUCGAUCUUGAAGAUUUUGAAACCAUUGGCAUUGCUUGCCCAAUGUUGAAAUCAUUUACAUAUCACAACUGUUUAACCAAGGGUCCGGAUUUUAGAGAGUACGUUGCCGCAAUUGGAAAACCAUGCCUAAUCUGUACCAUCUCUGGCUUUGUCAAUAUAUAACUGGAAAUAAGGUACUGGAACCCGAUUCUCGAUGGCUACCCCAACCUCAAAUCACUUGAUCUUCGACGAUGCUCUGGUUUUGACGAAGAACAAGGGGGGCUCUAGGCAAAAGAUGUUUUGAAAAAGAUCUGUGGCUCUAUUCCGACUCUAUCAGUUUCUUGGAUUGGCUUAAGAAAUGGCAGGAUAACUAUGAUACCGAUGCUGUGUAUCCUGAUGAUUUCACACAUGAUGGUGCUUGUUGUGAUGUUUUUUAUUGGAAUUACUUUAAUUGUGCUUUUUAUUAAAUAUUGAUUCUCUUAGUUUUGGCAAUUCUUCCUUUGUUAAAGGAUUUACAAUGAUAAUAAUCUUUUUGUAUGGUGUAUUUAGACAUUGUGCAUA